AUGAAGCUCAACGCUGUUGCAGCGGCCAUGUCGGCUGCCAUGCUUACGGGCAACGUCCACGCCGAGGACAUCAAGGAGGCUUCCCCUUCUGUUCCCGACAAGCUCCCUACAUUCACUCCGACCGUUGUCAAGGCCGACUUCCUCGAGCAGUUCACCGACGACUGGGACCAGCGAUGGAAGCCCUCUCACGCGAAGAAGGACACAUCUGGCUCCGAGGAGGAAUGGGCUUAUGUUGGCGAGUGGGCCGUUGAAGAGCCCGUACAGUACAAGGGCAUCGAGGGCGAUAAGGGUCUUGUUGUCAAGAACCCUGCGGCGCACCAUGCUAUUUCCGCCAAGUUCCCCAAGAAGAUCGACAACAAGGACAACACCCUCGUUGUCCAGUAUGAAGUGAAGUUGCAAAAUGGCCUCGAGUGUGGUGGUGCUUACAUGAAGCUCCUUCGCGAUAACAAGGCUCUCCACCAGGAAGAGUUCGCAAACACAACCCCCUACGUGAUCAUGUUUGGUCCCGACAAGUGUGGCCACACCAACAAAGUCCACUUUAUUUUCAACCACAAGAACCCCAAGACUGGCGAGUAUGAGGAGAAGCAUCUCGAUUCUCCCCCCACCGCCAAGAUUACAAAGACCACCGAGCUUUACACCUUGAUCGUUCAUCCCAACAAUACGUACGUCAUCAAGCAGAAUAAUGAGGAGGUCAAGACCGGCAGCCUCUUGGAGGACUUUACCCCCGCUGUCAACCCCCCGGCCGAGAUUGAUGAUGCGAAUGAUAAGAAGCCUGAGGACUGGGUUGACCAAGCACGCAUUCCCGACCCUGAGGCCAAGAAGCCUGAGGAUUGGGACGAGGAAGCCCCCUACGAGAUUGUCGACGAGGAAGCUGAGAAACCCGAGGACUGGCUCGAGAACGAGCCUGUCACCGUCCCCGACCCUGAGGCCGAGAAGCCAGAUGACUGGGAUGACGAGGAGGACGGCGACUGGAUCGCCCCUACCGUCCCCAACCCCAAGUGUGCCGACGCCUCUGGUUGCGGCCCGUGGACUAAACCGAUGAAGCGCAACCCCGACUACAAGGGCAAGUGGACUGCACCUUACAUUGAGAACCCGGCAUACAAGGGAACUUGGGCUCCCCGCAAGAUCAAGAACCCCGACUACUUCGAGGAUAAGACCCCUGCCAACUUUGAGCCCAUGGGAGCCAUUGGUUUCGAGAUCUGGACUAUGCAAAAUGAUAUCCUCUUUGACAACAUCUACAUUGGCCAUUCCAUUGAUGACGCCAACAAGCUCGCUGAGGAGACAUUUGGUGUCAAGCACCCCAUCGAGAAGGCCCUCUUUGAUGCCGACAAGCCAAAGCAGGAGGAUAAGCCCAAGUCCCCCAGCGACCUCAAGUUCCUUGACGACCCUGUUCAUUACAUCACCGAGAAGGUCGAGCUCUUCAAGGCUAUUGCCGCCCAGGAUCCCAUCGAGGCCAUCAAGUUCGUCCCCGAGGUUGCUGGAGCUUUUGUCGCCAUCAUCAUUACUGCCGCUGGCCUCGUCGCUGUUCUGUUCAACCUUGGCAAGUCACCCGCUGUUCAGCAGACUGCCGAGAAGGCAUCCGACAAGGCCAAGCAGGUCAAAGAUAAGGCUGCUGAGGCCACCGCUACCGGCGCUGAGCAGGUCAAGGGCGCCGUAAACAAACGCACCACUCGCAGCCAGUCAUAA